AUGGCACACUCUCAUCAUGAUGCAGACUCGACCUCAUCGCUUGUUCAGAAUGGCAACGCCACUGCAAAUCAAGCGCUAGAAACCACUCGAAACCACGAAGAGCACUUUGAUACCAUAAUGAUACAAGACCAGGAGGCAAAAAGCAAGAGACACAGACACUCGGCAAAGGACAAAGAAAUGGACAGGCUGCCAGCUUUUGAAGGGCACCGACAUCGAACUCUUUCUAAGGACAGCGAACGAAGUAAAGCUCGUGAAGGAGCGCCAUAUUUUAGGAAACAACACUCACACCACAGUGAUCAGUUUACCUCAUAA